CAACCCGAAGGCUACGUAGAAUAGCAAAGGCUGUGUAAUUUGUCACGGGCUUUCGGAAAAUCUAAAUAGACAAUGGCAAAGACAUAUGAUUAUUUAUUUAAGUUAUUAUUAAUAGGUGAUUCGGGUGUUGGUAAAACAUGUGUAUUAUUUAGAUUUUCGGAGGAUGCUUUUAAUACAACUUUCAUAUCAACCAUAGGAAUAGACUUCAAAAUUAGAACAAUAGAAUUGGAUGGUAAGAAGAUUAAGCUGCAGAUAUGGGACACGGCCGGCCAGGAGAGGUUCCGCACGAUCACGACGGCGUACUACCGAGGGGCGAUGGGCAUCAUGCUGGUCUACGACAUUUCCAACGAAAAGAGUUUCGAGAACAUCAAGAACUGGAUCAGGAACAUCGAAGAGAAUGCGUCUGCCGAUGUGGAGAAGAUGCUGCUGGGAAACAAGUGCGAGCUCAAUGAGAAAAGACAGGUGACCAAAGAACGAGGGGAACAAUUGGCGAUUGAAUAUGGAAUAAAGUUUAUGGAGACUAGUGCAAAAGCUUCAAUAAAUGUUGAAGAUGCAUUUUUCACUUUGGCGAGGGACAUCAAAACAAAAAUGGAGAAGAAAUUGUGCCAAGGGGUGCGUCCAGAAAUGGCGGUUGAUGACCAAAACGCAUGUUAUCACAUGAAAACGUCUGCUGAAAGAAACAGAGCCCUUGGGGAGGCAAGCAACCCACCGAAGGGAGGUCGCCAGCUCAACGCAACAGAGCCACCGCGGAAACCUCCCAGUUGGCUGUCGCGAUGUUCCCUGCUCUGACACACGUCUCGCCCUUCUUCGGUCCCAUCACUGCACCUCGUGGAUAUUACGGCUCUAAGUAAACUUUUUAUACUGUGAAUUAUUUUUAAGGAUGGUAAAAAAAUUGGCAGGAAAAAGUUGGUAUAUAUACACACAUGAGAAAUUAUUAUUUUGUAUUUAGAUUUGUGUAAAACAUUGUAAGUAAGGCAGGUAGAUGCACCUAGUGCGCACGCCUCGUUGCUCGCUUGUCACGGGAUGUCGCAGUUUGAAGUUAUUGUUGUCAAUUACACUUGUCGUGUUCACGUCACUGCGUGGGACGUAGCGUCGUCUUGUGUGCACGGGCUUGGAGGCAGCCUCAGGACUGAUCGGUGGCGAGUUUCGAGUAUUACAGUUUGUUAAAUUUCUACAUGAAAUAUUGGCAAAAGAAAAGCUAGGGCUGUGGUAUGUGCUAUAAAUUCAAAGGCAUUGUAAUAUUUAUGUCCAGAAUCUUCAAAAUCACUGAAAAUUGCUCUGUCAACAUACUGGAAUGUUACACAACUAACACCAUUUAAAAUAGAGUGCAGCAGAGUGAGGAUUUUGUGUUAUUUAUGAAUAAUGGUAGCAAGUGUCUGCCACUCUUGCCUCAAUUGUGAUUGUAAAUAUUGCCUUUCCUUGCUGUGACUAAUAAAGAUAUAUAUAACCCUGUAUGUUACAUAAGCUGAUCUCUUUUUUACAGGUUUGAUAACACAGAAAGAAUUAAAUAAAAAUCAUUACAAGACCUUGUAUUACUUACUGUAUUUGUUUAGUUUGAUCCACACUGCCAGUAUAGAAUUUGUUUUGAUUGCAAAUGAUACAUUUGUUCAUAUGCAAUAGUGGUCUCGUAACCUCUCAUGACUCAGCGUACUGGUCUUAAAUCAUGAAUAUUACAGGGUUUUUGAAACAUGAUUGAUUCAGCUUCCAUGGCAUGUAACACGCUAGUAAUUGUGGCCGCCCAGACCCCUUGCAAUAUGUACAGUAGUGUGAUGUAAUUAAGCAUUGGCACAUUAGUGCUGGGUAUAAUAAUAAGAAUUUGUGUUAUUGCAGCGAUCUUAGCAUGAGUGAUUAAUUUGGAAGUUAAGUUUGAAAUUGACAGGUGCAAGUCUCUCUCUUUGAAACAGGCGUAACAAAACACGCAAUGUAAGAAUGCUGCCAUCUUGGUUAGAGCAAAGGAUGUACUGAAGUUUCUCUGUGACCUCACCAGUUAGGAGUAGAAAUGCAAUGCUAGCCAUCACGAGCUCAGCUUUAAGGAUUGACUUGACACCCCCAUGUUUGGUUAUUUCAAUUUUAAUGCCAUUAUUUUUUAUCUAGGACAAUUUUCAUGGGUGCUCUAGUAAAUAGUAAAUAAGCAUAGCAUUUUUGGAUUUGUAACAAAUGAUGUCACCAGACAUGUUAUUUGCUCUUUCCUGAUUAAUUGCAUCAUGGUCAUGGGCUAAAAAUACAUUGAGUUUCCACACCUAAUAAAAAUUAGUACAAUUUUACAUUUGUAAUCCACAUUUAAAAAUAUUUUUUCUUUGUAAAAGUCUGGAAUAAGCAUAAAAUUAAAAAAUCCAACAUGACAGUGGAAGUGAAGUCUAAAUGUUGACAUUCUGUCCUCAAACAGUGUGGCCACUUGUUCUGCAAAACCAUAGUUGCAGCUCUGACCUUGAAGGUAUUUUGCUGUUUCAAACUACAAGACUGCAACUGCUUGAUUGUAUUAUGUCUGCUGACUUCUUAGGCAAGUUAAAAAAAAUUAGUUUUUUGUAUCAAAAGCUACAAAAUUAGUUUAUAGGUUCCAUGGCAUUAAAAAAAUAUAUUGGCAUGCUUUGUGCAAUCAUGAAUAUUUUUAUAAGGUAUAAGUUACAAAGUCAUAUACAUUUAAGAGAGAUAUAUUAUAGUUUAAUUUUUUUAACUCAACUCUGUUUUUAAAAAUUUAUGAUUUUGAUGUGAAUUUGUUGUAUUUUUGUAAAUAAAUACUAAACCAGGGCUGCCUCUGGUUACUAACUUAAA